CAUCAUGCCCCCAGCCUGGCUCAGCAAGGAAGCCGGGAAGCUGAAGGAGCUGGGUGGGUCAGGCUCAAGGGAGAAGGGGCCAGAUCACUUCCCACUGGAGGGCAGGAUCUCUGCACGCACCUGAGCCGGCUCUGUUGUCACACUGCAACACCGCCUGCCCAAGCCCUGGGCACAUGUGCACCAAGAAGGCCGGCAAGAAUUCUCCACCCUCAGCCAGCACAUCAUUCUUUGCCCAUGCUGGAUCAGAGCGUUUGGCACUUCCUGCCCCUCGCCAGCUCCAUGCUGGCCCUGCUGCUGGCCCUGCUGUCUCCUGCUGCUGUGGCCGGCUGCAGCGAGGGUGAGGUGAACCGGCAGCUCAUCCUGGCCAAAGUCAAGGCCCACUUCCUGGAGUUCCUUGGCCCCGCACCCCAAGCCAACAGGGUCCAGAGGGGCCAGAGGGGGCUCCACCGGCGACAUGCUUCCACUGCCCACAGCUGGGAGGAAAAGGAUACAUCCCAAGUGAUCAUCUUCCCCUCCACAGAUGUACCGUGUGAGCCACCUGAGUCAGACGAGCUCCUGGGGGACUCGGGAGUUUUCACCUACUUCUUCCAGCCCUCCCCUCACGCCUUGAGCCGCGUGGUGACCUCAGCCCAGCUGUGGUUCUACACAGGCCCCGUGAAAGUGCAGAGCAGCAAUCUCUCGGGAGAAGCACCCCACAGCUCCACGCCAGGGGCUGAGGUCCUGAAGCUCUCCGAAGAAGGCCAGGUCCCAGUGGCCACCACGGCAGUGCCGGCCUCAGAAACCUGGACAGUCUUCCACUUUGGCAACUCCUUCUUACCUUAUUUUGCCCAGAAGAUAUUUGUACUGUUAGUCCGCUGUCCUGGCUGCCCUUGCAUGGCAGAUGCUGCAAAGAUGCCCUUCCUUGUGGCAGCCACCAAAACCAAGAGCCGUGACCGGGCCCCACGCUCCUUGGUGCUGAGGCCGUCCGCUGCCCUCAACCUGCUGCAGAGGCCCUCGGAUGAUGCCACAGCCCAUGCCAACUGCCACCGGGCCUCCGUCAACAUCACCUUUGAAGAGCUGAACUGGAACCACUGGAUCGUGCACCCCAGCAGCUUUGAGUUUCACUACUGUUACGGGAGCUGCUCGAACACCUACACCAUUGAGUCCAACAUCCAGCUGUGCUGCGCAGCCCUGGUGAGCACCAUAAAAUCGCUGCGGGUUCGCACCACCACGGAUGGGGGCUACUCCUUCCAGUAUGACUCCUUGCCCCUGCUCACCCAGGACUGUGUCUGCCUAUAGCAAACCAGCCUCUUUGCUGCGCUAGCUUUUUGUUUAAAAAAAAGUUUCCUCUCCAGCUGGGCCUAUGACCUCCCCUUCUGCCUAAGAGGCACACACUGGACCUAAUUAAAGCUACAAGCUUGCAAAGAUUGGCAAACUCAGCCAGCUUCCUAUCA